AUGUCACUUGUGUCUGUAGUUCGCACCGCCGCGGUUAUUGUAAAGCCGCAGGCUCAGGCGUUACUUGUGGUAUCACGGGCACCCGAAAAGGCUCAGCCCUGGAGGGCGUUUUGGCCGCCCAAGGCUGAGGAUUACACGGCCGCAGAAAAGGCGGAGAUGCCUUGGCUGACAUGGAAAUAUGACCCAACAAAACCUACCGAUCGUCCCUGGAGGGAGUGGAUGCUAGAGAAUCAGAAGACAGUUGCACGACGUGGCGGGCUUUAG